UUGCUGACGAGUGAAUCAAACCCGCUACACGGCCAAGCAAUCUCUAGAGAAACAUUGACGUUAGAAUGACCCGUACUAAAGAGCUCAGUGACUUUCAACGUGGUACGGUCAUAGGAUGCCACCUUUCCAAACAGUCUGUUCGUCAAAUUUCUGCACUGCUAGAGCUGCCCCGGUCAACUGUUAGUGCUGUUAUUGUGAAGUGGAAACGUCUAGGAGCAACAACAGCUCAGCCGCGAAGUGGUAGGCCACACAAACUCACAGAACGCGACCGCCGAGUGCUGAAUCGCGUAGCACGUAAAACUCGCCGGUCCUCAGUUGCUACACUCACUACCGAGUUCCAAACUACCACUGGGAGCAACGUAAGCACAAGAACUGUUCGUCGGGAGCUUACUGUAAUGGGUUUCCGUGGCAAAGGAGCCAGACAAAAACUUAUCGUGCCUAAUACCAAGCGUCGGCAGGAGGAGGAGGCCUGUGCUGAGGAGAGCUGUGGACUGCAGGACUGUGGAUUGACGGGCCUUGGAGAGGAAGGCCGUGUAGAGGGGGGUGCUGAGGUGGAGGCCUGUGCUGAGGAGAGCUGUGGACUGCAGGACUGUGGAUUGACGGGCCUUGGAGAGGAAGGCCGUGUAGAGGGGGGUGCUGAGGUGGAGGCCUGUGCUGAGGAGAGCUGUGGACUGCAGGACUGUGGAUUGACGGGCCUUGGAGAGGAAGGCCGUGUAGAGGGGGGUGCUGAGGUGGAGGCCUGUGCUGAGGAGAGCUGUGGACUGCAGGACUGUGGAUUGACGGGCCUUGGAGAGGAAGGCCGUGUAGAGGGGGGUGCUGAGGUGGAGGACGGUACGGAGGAGGCUCAUUGAGUGGAAGUGUGUGAAGAGGCUCAGGAGAAAAGUGAGAAGAUCAUCUGGAGAGGAAGCUAACUACUGGAUUUGUAAACUGUACGUUUUACACAAUGUAUAAUGGUAUUAAUCAUUUAAAAGUCCUUUGUUUAUUUUGAAGACUAUCCAAAAUGUUGCGAGCCCAUGAAACCCAAUUUCUUUAUUUCCUCAGGCCCACUUUCAUUUUUGUAAUAUUUACGAGAAGAAAAUAUGUUCCUUCAACACAUUAUCAAAAUAGCACAUGUACAUUUACAAUUGGGCAAUAAUUGAUCUUUUGGGGUCUAAGAUGUUGAGAUAGUCAGCAUCUUAGACCCAACAGACUUGUAUUUAAAAAUGACCUAACUGUAAAUCAAAUGUUGUGGUAGCUCCCUCUUGACCUCUGAAAAGCUUGCUGUCAUUGUACUCUGAAGCAGUGGAAAUGUGCUUCCUGGAGUAAUGAGUCAUGCUUCACCACAUGGCAGUCUGACUGACCUGGGUUUAACAGAUGCCAGGAGAUGGCUACCUGUCUGAAUUACUAGUGCCAACUGUAAAGUUUGGUGGAGGAGGACUAAUGGUCUAGUGUUAUUUUUUCACGUUUCGGGCUGGGUCCCUUAGUUCCUGUGAUGGGCAGUCUUGAAGCGAUAGUUCAUCUUAGAUUCAUAUUUGAGUGAAAUAACAUUUACCUCAAGUUGUUUUUUAAGGGCCCAUGGAGUCAUUUUUCACAAUAAGACAUUAUUCAACCCUGUCCCAGCCGGGAAUUAGCAUUAAUUGAAACUGUGCGUCCCGAAAUAGUGCAUCCCGAGCAACAAAAGCUGCAUUGCAAGCUUAAACCUACUCCAAAACACUCCCAACUAAGACUGGUGAUGCUGUUUAACCCAAAGAACAUAUCAAUGUUGUAAUCCUCAAAUAAUGUUUUCAUUGUCGCAAUAUAAAUCUAUUUAUUUAACUGAACUGGUACUUCCUAUGUAUACAGGUCAGUUAUGUUCACAAUGGUAUCAAUCUGCAUUUUAGAUGUGACUUUAUUAGCUAUGUAUGGCUAUGUGUGGUGGCUACAGAAAAAAGUUUUCAUGGUGCCAGUUAAACGUCAAAUUCUGCCAACUAUUUCGUCAGUAUGCAGUCAUUUUUAGCGUGAACGUUUACUGAGUUUAUUUAGUGUUUUUUAGUUCCUUUCAGCUAGCAAUGCAGCCCUGUCCUAUGUCAGAAAGACAAUGACACCACACAGAAAUCCAGGGGCACCGCUGAGAGUUUUGAGCUCCAUGAAGAGAUAGCAAUUCGGGACCCACCAUGCAUUAUUCCUGUCUAAUCAAUCAUAUUCUCUGUAGUUCAGAUGUUCAUGCGUUCAUACACACAGAAAGCAGUUCUGGCACCGGCCUUUUCUCCCAUAUUAAAACUAAAUCUGCCUUAGGCGAACGGAGGGACGGCGAGUGUUAUUUCCAACCCUGCAUAUAAGACAUGGCACACUUGAUGCUGAUUAAUUUAUGAUACUGAUUAAAUCAUGUUAUACCACGCAAAUAUGCGCCACGUUAGAUUCCUGGUUGACUGCCUUCCAUCUAAACAGCUGAUAUUAGCUUAAACCAUUCUUAAACUCUGUUAGUUGUGCUCAACUUUCUUUUCAAAGAAAUUAAUUAGCAGUUGUUUUCCCUCAGUUUGCUUUCUCUCUCUUUUCUUUUUUGGUGCCCCAAUUUCCCUUUCUUGGGGAAGGACAUGACUCUCUCAUAGUAGCAGUCACUCAGCUCGAUUUGCUGCGUUUAGAGAUUAAUCCUAGUGCAGGGGUUGACUAAACCUAUUUGUGCCUUGUGUAAGGUGUGACAGUGGCCUCAGAAAGGCACCACUAUUUUUUGGGGAUAUAAAGUUCAGCCAAUUAAUCGUUUUAUUCAUCCAGUUUUAAUUUAGUUAUGACACUAAUUACCUAGAAAAAAAAAACGCAAACGAAAACGAACUUUUCAUUCCAAGAUCCCCUCCCCCCAUUGGGACCCUGGGUAGUCAGUCCCACUUUCCCCCCACUUCCCCUGCAUGAAUGGAGGUCCAUACAGAAAUGGUGUGAAAUGUAAGUAAACAUAAAUGAAACCGUGUUUCCUUAAUUUACAAAAUGAAAUGUUAAAACGAUUAAUAUACCAAAAACAAACCUACAAUUAUGAAUGUGUGUUAAAAAAAAAUUGCCGUAAGAGUGGAGCAUUUCCAUAAUGUCAAUCCCGUGAUAAUCAAUCCGUACGGAAAAGAAUAUUCCUGCCUUAAAAGCAGAAAUGUGGACUUGGGUCACAUGACCUGGACUCUAGUGUGACUUGAGUUACACAGUUUGCAUCUUGAGACUUGGUAAAAAGAGACAACGUGUGCAACUUGACUUUGACUUGUUGUCUAUGACUUGUUUGGAUUUUCCCCUCCCUCAACCUCUCUUACCUGUCAGUGUCAUGUUGUCAAUUCAGAAGUGAUUGGGAACUCACUGGCGUGGCGUCUGGAUGUGUUUUGAAAGUAGCUACAUUUGGACUUGACAACUUUGUCUAGCUGGAGAGGACACGUUUUCAACGUGGACAGCAUUUAAUAGACUUACUAUUAAAACAUAUAUAUUUAAAUGUAAAUACAUAAAGACAGUUUACAGCAUGUGAAUACAUAAAGACUGAAUAAUAUUAGGUUGUUUUUCAACAACCAAAAAAAGAUUUGAUCACCACCAUCAUAUGACAAAACUUUUUUUAACCAUUGUCUUGAAGACUCGAAAGCUAAAAUUUGAGACUUGACUCGUUCUUGACUUGAUCUCAGCUGCGGAACUUGCGAAUUGACUGGAGACUUGCCCAUUGUUACUUGGGACUUGACUCGAAACUUGACACUUACUUGUGACUUGAAACUGUGACUUGGUCCCAUGUCUGCUUAAGAGUAUAUGCAAGCCAUUUAGCAGAGUCUCUUAGCCACAAUGAUUUACAGAAGUGAGUUCAUACAUUCACCUCCUUGUUUGUACUGGACACAGUGGGAGUUAAACCCACAACCAUGGUUUUGCAAAUGCUGUGCUCUUGCUAAGUGAGCUACGCUGGACCAGCUUGGCUUGGUUAAAACCUUGGAUGAUAGACCAAAGGCACAGUAAUGUUCCCGUAGGAGGUACUGCCCAGCCUGAACCCUUGGAAACUCAUAUCUGAAAACGUACUGUAUCUACAAAUGUUGUAUUUCCCUUAGUAAUUGUCAUUUAUAUGAUAACGUAAUAAACAUAUAGUGUAAGCGUC